UACAUGCCAGAGUCUAUGCACUGACAAAUGUCUGUAUUUAGUUUCUCUGAACUGGAACGUGAUCAUGAACUAUAUUGUUGGUUUAGAUUGGAUGAAAUGAUGUGAGCUCAUUUUGUGGCCAGAGUUGUUCUCAACUCUGUUUAGGGUUCUGGGACACAGCCACCCAAUCAACAGCGGAGAAUUUUGUUGUCUUGGAUUUUGACUGGUCUGUUAAGGUGGUCAUGGUAAUGUCCUGACUUGCAGUGCUUUGAAUUGUCCUCAGUGUGAGGCGGUGGCGAGCCUUUCCACUGAGCGUUCUUAUUGAUAUUCUGCAUUCCCAUGGGUAAAUAAGAAUCAAGAUGGGCUUUUCUGGCAAAGGAGACUGGCCCUCCAACAAAAUUAGGAAACACAGAAGCCAGUCCCCUUUUCGUGAUGUUUCACCUGUACCAUCAUAUUUCUCAGAACCGGUCUCAUUCCUGCAACAUGCGGAUGUGACAGCCAACCUUCCCCAUCUCCCUGGUGUAAGAGGGACACUCAGGGAUGAAGAUGAUGAUGAUGAUGUUCGGAGUCACAAGAGCUUGCCAGCGGUGAUGACUAGAUUAACCCUCCCACCCAGAGACAAGAGGUCAUACAGGCAUGCUGAGAGUCGCCUCAGUUUACCCCCUCUCAUAAGUACCAGGUGCAGUUUGAUUGUGAAAGGCACUGGAUUCAAAACUGUCUCCAAACUCCCACCAAUCACCAAAUCCAGAAAUAAUUGGAAGGAAACAGACCCCCCGAGACCUCCUUGUAGGUCUGGAUGCAGGCCGGACAAAAUGGAAUUCCUUUCAGCUAAACCUGCUCAUGCAUUGAUGCAUCCAAAAAUUGUCCCUGUCGGGCAGACGUCUCUGUCUGUCAAGGUGCACACUGUUCAAGGAAAUGGGCCCUGCUUGCUUCCUGCCAAAGCCUCUGGAGUGUCCCCGAGAUCUCGACUUACUUUCCAAAGUCCUGUAGUGCAGGCAGUGUACCCUAUCAGUCCUGACACCAUGCAACAGAUGAGGCAAACUGACAGAGCGUGCCAGCCCCUGAGGUCUGUGCUGAAAAAAGCACCAAACAGAGGAGAGUUUGACUGCCCACUGACAGCACACCUGCUGGAGCCAUUUUCUGAGUUCCAGGAGCAUCUCUGCCGCCAAAUCCUACACUCGCCACUGCCUUAUCGUGAAGCUCUGCCACAGAUCCACAUUUCUUGUCACCAGGACCAGGUAGAUCUGUUGCCUGCACAUAGGGGCCCAUACAGUUCCCUGAUGGAGUGCACCAUGGAUCUCUGCAAUUCCCAAGGACAGAAGCUUCCCAAAAUCACCAUGACCUGCCCGACACCUUCUCCAAAACGCCUGUGUCGCACAGAGAUGAGGCAUGCGGCUUGAAAGGCAAACCAAGAUGGCUGCAGAGUGAACCAACAAGCUAAACAAAGGAACUCAAAAGCUAAUAUUGCUCUGUGCACAAAGGAUCACAGACGGUUCACCAAGAUCACAAAUUCACGUUACGAGACAAUGAAGCAAAACAGUCUGUCCAAUCUCUUGACACUUUUUCUGAUUUUCAGUGAUUAUUGGACUCAUGGUCAUAACCCUCUACUGUCCAAAGCUCAAGUUAUCGCUGUAUCACCAAUCAUCUUUCUUUCUUUUUUUUUUUUCCUAUGGAAGCUCUAAAACAUGAAAAACAUUGAAACAUGAGGGUUACACUGGUUCACAGGUACAGGAAGUGCCUCCAAGGAGCUUUAUAAAGUAAUUCCUGGGUGUUAAGAUCCCUGGAAUGUUAUGAAUCAUAAUUCUGUCUUACUGAGGAGAAAUGUAAUCAUUUUUCUUCUCCCCACUUUUCAUGGCCUUUCUUUUCUUUUUAAAAUCAAUACAAUUUCCUCAGUUGAGCUAAAUAAUGCGAGAUAUGGGGCAGGGGGCAAUUUUUUAUUGUCCAUCAUAGCCGACUACAGAUUUGCCAUCUUUUGGUAUAAGAAUGUGUGUACAUGUGCAUUUGCUAUAAAAGACCUAUGAAAAAAGAUUAGGCUGUAAUAAAUAACUUAUUGGAAUUUUAGCAUUGGUUAGGACUAAUUAUAUACUUAACAUCUUUCAGUACUGGUAUCAAAUUCAUAUGGUAAUCUGUCAGGAAUUUGUGUUUAAAGCAAAAGUGGUACAAUGCAAUGCAAUGUUUUUAUUUUAUUUUUUCAUUACCAUUGCCCUCAACCUCAUUGGCAUGAGUAAAUAUUGUAUAGUGACUAAAAUAAAUUAAAAUUUCUCAGGCAGGGAAUCUAUUGCAAUUUUUCUAAGGCAUAAAGAGAACUUUACUGAGGAAAUGUUGCAAGUGUCAUUGCUUUAGCCUACAUAUAAAUUGAAUACAUUUUGUGUGUUACAAUUGCCCUCAGCCCAACCCUCUGAUUAUAUACAUAUAAAGCUUCCAUGACAUUUAAAAGUCAAUUCUAACCAGAAUGAUAUCAUGAUUCUAAAAUUUUCAUUUUAUCCUGGUACUGUUGUUAUAAGUUAUUUCUAAUGAUUAUCUUUCAGUGAUAACUUCUAAAUUCUGAGAAUGAAGUCUUAUUGUGCAUUUCAUAAUGUUUAAAGGGACACGGGAACUUAACUUGUUCACAUUUAUUGCUAAAUCCAAAACAAUGGUCCCAUGACCAGCAUCAGUUUGUGACUCAGCACUGUGGUAUCUUUCAUAAAUAAAAACAUUCAAGCUAAA